AUGCUCUCUAGAGCAUUACUGUCACCUAUCCCAACAAGAUUUCUCCGAAGAACUAUCAAAUAUUUCACAAUGUCUUCAGAACAAUCCCAAAAGAUUACUAAUCCUGAAAUCUUGUCUACCUCUGUUAAAGAUUCCAAGAAGAAUGGUGACAAAAAACAAGAUAAGAAAUCUAAAUUACAAGUCUCUCUAAAGACCCCAAAGGGCACUAAAGAUUGGGCUGACUCCGAUAUGGUUAUUAGAGAGGCCAUCUUCUCUACACUUUCUAGUUUAUUCAAACGCCAUGGUGCCGUCACAAUCGACACCCCAGUUUUUGAAUUGCGUGAAAUUUUAGCUGGAAAAUAUGGUGAAGAUUCUAAAUUAAUUUACAAUUUAGAAGAUCAAGGUGGUGAAUUAUCCUCUUUACGUUACGAUUUGACCGUUCCAUUUGCAAGAUAUGUUGCAAUGAAUAAUAUUCAAAAUAUUAAAAGAUACCAUAUUGCCAAAGUCUACAGAAGAGAUCAACCUGCUAUGACUAAAGGUAGAAUGAGGGAAUUUUAUCAGUGUGAUAUUGAUUUUGCCGGUUCUUAUGAAUCCAUGGUCCCAGACGCUGAAAUCCUAUCUAUCCUUGUUGAAGGUUUAACUUCUUUAGGUAUAAAAGAUUUCAAAGUCAAACUAAAUCACAGAAAGAUUCUUGACGGUAUCUUCCAAAUCUCUGGUGUCGCUAAAGAAGAUGUCAGAAAGAUUUCUUCCGCCGUUGAUAAGUUAGAUAAAUUACCAUGGGAUGCAGUUAAAAAGGAAAUCACCGUCGAAAAGGGGCAAUCUGAAGAAACUGCAAAUAAAAUUGGUGAAUAUGUUAAAUUGAAUGGGACUCUACAAGAAGUUUAUGAUUUGUUGUCUAAGGAUGAAGCUAUUAUAAAUAAUGAAAUGGCAAAACAAGGAUUGGAUGACAUCAAAACUUUAAUGAACUAUGUUGAGUCUUUUGAUAUCAAUAAGUAUAUCUCCUUCGACUUAUCCCUAGCUAGAGGUUUAGAUUACUACACCGGUUUGAUUUAUGAAGCUAUUACUGAAGCCUCUGCCCCACCUGAAAAUGCUCAAGAAUUGAAAAAGAAGGCUAAAUCCUCUGAUGAUGCUUCUGAAUACGUUGGUGUCGGUUCUAUUGCCGCUGGUGGUCGUUACGACAAUUUAGUUAACAUGUUUGCUCAAGCCUCUGGUAAAAAGGCUGCUCAAAUCCCAUGUGUGGGUGUCUCCUUCGGUGUUGAAAGAUUAUUCUCCUUGAUUAAACAAAGAACUCACCUAACUGAAAAAAUCAAACCUAUUGCAACACAAGUCAUUGUCAUGGCCUUCGGUGGUGGUAAGGAUUGGACUGGUUUCUUACCUGAAAGAAUGAAAGUUGCCAAACAAUUAUGGAACGCAGGUAUUGAAGCUGAAUAUGUCUAUAAAUCAAAAGUUAACCCAAGAAAACAAUUUGAGGCUGCUGAAAAAUGUGGUGCUUCAUUAGCCGUUAUCUUAGGUAAAGAAGAGUAUGCUGAAGGUAAAUUACGUAUCAAGAGAUUGGGUCCUGAAUUUGCUGAUGAUGAUGGUGAAUUGGUAGACAGUGAAAACAUUGUUGACGCUGUUAAGGUUAAAUUAACUGAAGUCCAUAAGGAUGGUAUUGAUGACGUUGCCCGUUUAUUAAAAGAUUUAUAA